AUGAAGUCACAAAUCCAAUUUGCUGUCACACUGGUAUUUGUGGCAACACUCACUGGUAUUACUGCCAAGACUGUUGUGUUUUACCCCCUCCCACUGACCAGUUACAUCGUGUACCAUUCCAGUUUGGCUGGAGCUUUAGCUAGUUUAGGUCACGACGUCUGGAUCUGUGUGCCAGCCUCUCUAACGGCUAAACAUCUGAUACAGGAUAAGUCUAUUAAUACCCUCGUGUACGGGGAAUAUCUUGGUGACAUUGUGAAGCAGUUAUACGAACAGACCAGGAUUGCAGAAACAUUCUGGAUGAACGAAACAUUUUCCACUAUAAAACUCAUUGUUGAUUUCAGUAAAACAUUCGUUAAAGUGGCCGAAGUUGUUCUUGCUGACCAGAUAUUCGUAAGGAAAGUGAGAAAUCUGAAGCCCGAUUUAAUUGUUUUGGAAUCAACAAUAUUGGCACCAAACAUGGUUGUACUUCCUUAUAUGCUAGACAUUCCAUUUGCACUGGUCGGAACUGCUCAUGACCCAGUGCAAUCAAAGAUCCCAUUUAGUCCUGCAACUACUCCUUACUGCCUCUUCGACAUAAGUGAAAAGAUGACAUUCUUUCAGAGACUUCAGAUGACAUUGUUUUACUUUGUGCACAUGAACUUUGAGUUGUUCUACGACAGCAGUCUGGUUGCCAAGUUUGCUCCACACAAGCCAUACAAGACCAUCAGUCAACUGGUGACAGAGGCUGAAAUUUUCAUUGCUGAAGUUGACCACAUACUGGACUAUCCACGGACAGUACUACCAAACACAAAACUAAUUGGGGGAUCUUCUACAUCUCCUGCGAAACCGUUAUCUGGGGAAUUUAAAAAAUUCGUGGAUGAAUCUAAAAACGGCGUCGUCGUUAUGUCUUUUGGCAGUUCUGUUACUAAUGUGCCUUCUUACAUCGUAUCUAAAAUCGCUUCUGCUUUCAGGCAGCUAAAUCAGAGUGUCAUCUGGAGGAUCAAUAUUGUCUCCCCUGAUCCCAAACAAAUCCUGACGUCGACGUGGGUACCACAAAAUGAUCUUCUGGGACACGAGAAAACCAAACUGUUUGUUUCCCACUGUGGAAAGAAUGGACAAUACGAAGCUCUCUACCACGGAGUACCUAUGCUGUGUCUGCCCAUAUAUGCCGAUCAACCUUACAACUCAGAAAGAGUUGUCGUCAAACAUUUUGGUCUUCGUGCCGACAUGCGACAGGCUAGCGCAGACGAGUUGGCGGCCAUCAUGAAGGAAAUCAUUUACAAUAAAACAUACACCGAAAACAUACAGAAAGCUUCCCGCCUUUACCGAGAGCUGUAUAAACUGCCAAAACAGGAAGCUGCUUACUGGCUGGAUCACGUGAUGAAGUAUGGCGGCGAAUAUAUGAGAUCACCGGGGCAGAAGAUGCCUUGGUAUCAAAUUAUGGUGUUAGAUGUAGUUGUCUUCAUCAUCGCCGUUAUUGCAGUCCUCAUCUUCUUGAUGAUGUAUUUCAUCGUUAAGUUGUGGCGUUGUGUAUUUACAGAUGGUCAACGAUUUGUCAAACGGAAGCGAGAAUAA